CUUUUUGAUGCCGUGUGUGCAAACGAUGUAAAUAUGGCAUCGUUAGUUCUCAAGAUGGGAGCAGAUGUAAACGUAUUAUCGAGAAAGAGGGGAUGGUAUGGUGGUGUGUAUGGUCUUCCAUCAGCGUUGCAAGUAGCAUGUAGUGAGUCAUCGAUUGAGAUGGUAGACUUGCUGCUACAACAUCAAGCAAACAUAAACUAUCAUGAGGCUGUGAGUGGACAGACAGCUCUGCAUUAUGCUUGUUCUGAUGGUCGUUUGUCUAUUGUGGAGAAAUUAUUGUCAGCAGGAUGUAAGAAAGAUGUCAAGGCCAAUUAUGGAUUAACACCUUUACAUCUUUCCUGCUCAUCAGGAUUAUGUUGUGAUAGUCAUCUGUCAAUUGUCAAGUUGUUGAUAUCAUCAGGAGCUGAUGUGUCAACAGUGAACAAUAGAGGACAAACACCAUUACAAGCUGCAGAAAAGAAUUUGGACUCAGGUGACAGUUCAAGUAAAGAAAAUCGUUCUCGUAUUAUUUCUUAUUUGAAAGAAUUGAAUGAGAAUAGUUCUGUUGCAGCUGGAAAUUCAGCAUCAAACAUCACAGAUAGUACAACUGCAGUUGCUGACAACGAUCAUCCAAAAGCUCACAAGAGUGAAUGUCUCAAACUAGUGGCCAAGUCACUAACUGGUGAAGCUGUUGAAUUGACAGCAAAAUCAUCUGAUACUGUUGCCACUCUGAAGCAGCAAUUGCAAACCAAGAAUGACCCAUCAUCAUGGGAUCAGCUGCUUGUUUUUAAGAAGAAGCAACUAGACGAUGAGCAAACUUUGGCUGAUGCAGGAGUAACUGAUGGAACAAUACUGAACGUCGUUCUUUGUCCUCGUGGUGUGACAGGCAUGGGAGCUGAUGCGGCUGAGUUAUUUGUUCGAGCUUUAUCACAAGGAAAAGUGGAAGUAAGUCGAGUGAAGAUUGUCAUUGCUGGUAGAGACAGAACGGGCAAGACGUCAUUUAAACGAUCUGUGCUCAAACUAAAGUUUCAGAUAAAUGAACCGAGCACACCUGUCGCAGUGGCAGAUUUGGCAGUGUGUGAAGCAUCAAACUGGAAGCUUUUGAGUGACAAGGACGAAGAAUUUUUGGACAAACAAAUAGCUAGAGCAGCAGUUCAUGUAGCGACUGUUUCAAGUGCAGAUGUGUCUGGUAGUCCAGAUGACAACAAAUAUGACAAUGACAAAACAGAUUAUGGAGAUCAUCACAGUGAGGUUGAGCUUAGCUUGUCAGUUGAUAGAGAAUCUACAUCAACUGAUACUAGAGAAAGCAGCAACAACACUAACAAACUUGAUGAAGCAACAGUUCUAACUGGAGGGAUAGCUCGUGCUAUUAAAGAUUUCCAAAGUGAUCCUGACCUCUUAAAGCAGGAAGAUUCAAAAGUUCACGUUGCCAUUUGGGAUUUGGGAGGUCAGGAGCCACUUCUUCCUGGUCAAGGAGAAGCCAUCACACCAGGAUGUGUCGUUUGUGUUGUAUUUAAGGCAUCCGAGUUUCUAGGUGACUCUGCCAAGUCUUUCUAUUGUCCUUCUGCUGACUCAAAACCAAUUCCAAUCGACAACCACUGGAUAGAGACGAACUAUGAUGCUGUGGCUUUGUGGGCAUCCAUGACUUUUUUGGCAGGAGAUGUGGAAAGUCUUGAAGGCCUUCUCUCUGGCCUUCACAUGGGCAAGUCAAAGGGAUGUGCAUCACCAGUAAUGUUGUUGAUUGGAACACACAUCAAUGAUGCCGAUGAAGAAAUGAUCAAGAAGCAGAAUGAAUUUCUGUCUAAAAUGUUUUGUAAUAAAGCAUUUCAGAAGCACAUCCUUCGACCAUCUAACCAGGCUAACGAUUGGUUUUUUCGUGUUGAGAAUUCGGUGUCUGAUCCUGACAGUGCAAGCGAGGAUGCAGGCGUGAGUGCAGUGAAGCAAGUCAUUGAAGAGAUGGCACGUGAUGUGUCACCUAAACCUCUGAUACCAGCCACUUGGUCAGUUCUAGAAAAGAUUCUUGAUUCUUUAGAAAUCAAGUUGGGCAGUGCUCUUUCCAAUGUCAAUGUUAUCAUGAGUUUUGCCCGUCGAUUGUGUCGAAUGUCAGAAGAGAAAGAAGUCCGUCUUGCUCUGACAUAUUUAGAUGAAGCCGGAUCAGUAAUUUAUCCUCAGAAAAGUGAGAAGCUGAAGAACAUAGUCGUCACCAAACCAAGCUGGAUUUUCAAGGUUUUCUCAGUCGUGGCGUCUGUCACCGAUUGGCCUUCUCCUUUACUGAAGGAUGAUUGGGAUCGAGUUCGGCAAGUAGGAAUUGCUUCUUGGGAACUCAUUCGUUAUCGUCUGGAAUUAGCAGGAGUGAAGCCGGAAGAGUACGAAGAUGUACUCAAUUUGUUGAAUUUCUAUUUUAUUCUGUGCCCCAAUCCUCCACCUCUUCCUUUAUCAGUUUCUUAUAAAACAGAAUACUUUGUUCCAUGUUUGCUAGAAGUCGAGUCAGAGGGUCCAUUUGCAGCUGUUGAUUUGGUUGCUUCUCGGCCAAUGUCACUUAUCAUUUUGUCUCAUAAAAUUGAGUUUAUUCCUGAGCAGUUGCAUUUUAGGCUGAUGACGUGUUGCAUUGAGAAAUAUCCUGACGAACCAAUGUUGACACGUAAUAAGUGUGUAUAUCGAGUGGAGAAAGAUGUCAAGUUGGAAGUGAUUUAUCACUUGAAGAAAUAUAUUGUUAUAACUAUUGACACACAACGGCCACUUGAUGAAAUUGCAUCUCUGUGUACAGCCAUUCGUCUGUUUAUCACUAAAAAGCUGCAUGAAGUGAAGACACCAGGGUUGUCUCGUUUUCAGUUUUCAUUGAAUAUUCAACAUCCCGGACCUGCCAUUCAUGUGGAUAUGAACAAGUUAGUAUGUAUAGACAAGUAUGUACCAAGUGAGGACACAACAUUGAGAAGAAACAAAAGCAGGGUCGAUGUCAAUCUGGAUCACAAUGAGAGAGCUGCAUUAGAUUGUUGGUUUUAUGAAGAGAAAGAUGAUGUAGCAGGAAACUCUCAGAAUGAUCGUGUGUCACGAGAGCAAUUUCCCACUUUGGAUAUCUGGUUUAGUGACUCAAGGGAAAGUUUAGAUAUUGAAACUGGAAGUGAUAGACAACAACAAGAUGAACAAACAACGAAAAGUAAAUUUGCUGAUUCAAGUGUGUCAACUCUAACAUCUGGAGUUUGUCAACAGUCACAAAUGUCUAAUCUUGAUGACGAGUUGAGUUCUCAGCUGUUAAUGAAAGUUGCUGUUGAAGUAUCUCACAGAUGGCAGGAAUUCGGGGCCCGUCUUUCAGCAGAUAUGUUUCCUACAAAGAGAACGGACGUUAUCACUGAUAAAUACAGAGAGCCAUUUUUGCGCUCUCAAGCCAUGUUAGAAGAAUGGAGAGAGGCAAUGGGCAGAAGAGCUACUUGUGACUUGAUUGUUCAAACGCUUUUGAAGAUGGGUUUGAGGAAGGAGGCAUGUGAUAUAUUUGGUUCUGAUGUAGUAGAACUCAUUUAUCCAAACAAAUAAUUAAGGUAAUUAUGUGUCACGUGACUUUGAUUUAUGGACAUAUCUUUGUUUCAUUAUUUUAAAAUUUAUUUGUAAACGCGCUGUAAAGUAUAGCGAUGUGCUAUCAAUGGAAUUGAACAAUAGUAUCUGUAAACAAUAGUUUAUCGAGAUUCUGUUCAACAUGAUAUACGUAUUA